ACAUAUUAAUUCCUGAAUACACAAAAACCCCGAAACGGGCGGAGUCUCUUUUCAAAAAAAAAAAAAAAAAACAGAAAAUAUUCGUUUUUUUUCUCUGUUCUUCAGGCAUCUCAAGAGCAGUUAAACCCCAAGAUCUAGGGUUUCUGCUCCUUUCAAAAAAAAUAAAUAAAUUCAAAAAGUAAAAAAAAACAAAAAACAGAAAUUCUCUUCAACCUCCAAAUCUGUAAGUUCCCUUCCAUUCUUGUAUUGUUUGUCUUUCAGAUCUGCAAAAAACCCAUAUUUUUUUAACCCAUUUUUACCCUUCAAAAUUCAAAAAGAAAGAGGAAAAAAACCCAUGAAAUCUCUUCAAUCUAUAAGUAUGUAAGCUUCCUUCCACUCUUGUAUUGUUUUCUAUUAGAUUUCAAGAAAACCCUUUUUUUUUUUCGUUUUUGACCCUUCAAAAUUUAAAAAAGAAAGAGAAAGAAAACCCCAAAUUUCUUCUAUCUCCAAAUCUGUAAGCUUCUCUUCACAUUUUUUUUAAAAUUUUUUUUAAUUUUUUAUUUUACCGUUUCAAAGAAAAUGGACAGCAAUUACUCAGCAAUUCCUAGAAAUUCUUACAUAGAAUUGCAAAUACAUGAUGAAAGCGCUGACUUCGACCAAUCCCUCAAAAACCCAGAAUACCCAACCAAUCUUUCCCUCAAUUCGUUCCCCAUUUUCAAAGGAAAGGACAAUCCUGCUGUCCAUCUUGAGCCUCUCGACGAUGAGGAUGGCACCGAUGAGUUCCCUCUCAUUGUUGAUCAUGCCGGGAAUGGGUCAGGCAUCCCGGGUGCUGUCUUCAAUCUCACCACGUCGAUCAUUGGCGCCGGGCUUAUGGCCCUCCCUGCCACCACGAAGGUCCUCGGCCUUGCGCUUGGAUUCACCCUGAUAAUUCUCAUGGGAAUUCUCUCGGAAAUCAGCGUCGAAUUGCUCAUCCGGUUCUCCGUCCUUCGGAAGGCAUCGUCCUAUGGGGAAAUUGUCCAAUUCGCCUUGGGGCGGCCAGCUAGGAUCAUAUCAGAGAUCUGUAUAAUUAUCAAUAAUGCAGGUGUCUUGGUCGUCUAUUUGAUAAUUGUCGGUGACGUCAUGUCGGGGUCGCCCGGUCACAAUGGCGUUAUGGAACAAUGGCUAGGACAUGGGUUCUGGGAUGAUCGGCAGGUUGUGAUUUUCAUCAUCUUGGUCAUUUUCCUGGCGCCCCUUUGCUCACUGGAGAGGAUUGAUUCACUGAGCUUGACUUCAGCCGCCUCUGUGGCUCUCGCGGUGGUUUUUGUGGUUGUUACUUGCGUGAUUGCAAUGAUUAAGAUCAUCGAAGGACAAGCAGAAGCUCCAAGGUGGGGCCCGGAUAUUGGGUCAAAGAAAGCGAUUUUGGAUCUCCUUGUUGUCAUUCCAAUAAUGACGAAUGCAUACGUGUGCCAUUUUAAUGUCCAGCCAAUCUAUAAUGAGCUUGAAGGCAGAUCCCCUAAGAAGAUGAAUCAGGUUGGCAGGAUCACCACAGUUUUGUGCAUUGUGGUCUAUGCUGCAACAGCUAUAUCAGGUUAUCUGUUGUUUGGGGAACAGACUGAGUCAGAUAUACUGACCAAUUUCGACAGGGACAACGGAAUCCCUUUCAGUUCAGUUUUGAAUUACAUUGUCCGAGUCGGGUAUGUUCUUCAUUUAGUACUUGUUUUUCCUGUUAUCCAUUUCUCUCUGAGGCAAACGGUAGAUGCAUUGGCAUUCAAGGGAUCGGCUCCGCUCACGGAGAGUCGAAAGCGGUCAUUGACAUUGACAGUAGUCCUGUUAGCUCUUAUUUACCUUGCGUCCACAAUGAUACCCAACAUUUGGGUGGCUUUCAAGUUUACAGGUGCAACGACGGCUGUCUCAUUGGGUUUCAUAUUCCCAUCUCUCAUUGCACUGAAGUUGAAUCAGCAAGGAGAGAAUUUGGAACACGGUGUCAAGAUCUUGUCAUGGGUGAUGUUGGUGUUGGCAGUGUUGGUCAGCAUAAUUGGAGUUACCGGGAAUAUUUAUAGCAUCAAUAGUCAAUCUGAAUAAUUCUCUCUCAUUAUCGGUCUAAUGGAUCGAUACAGAAGAUCGCAAGGUCUGAUGUUUUGUAAAUUAGAGCUAGUCGGGAACAUCAUGCUCCAUGCUUUGUGUUUGUUUGAAGAAGCUAUCUGAGCUUUCCUUGUAUGAUUGGAUUGUUGAACUUGAAAAUGCUAAUGGAGGUUUUCAGGGGGGAAAGAAUGAUGUGCUGUUUUGUAAGACGGUUUCUCUGUGCAUUUGUUGAUAAUGGUAGAUUUGAUUAUUGAA